AUGAGUGCUGGCCCCCAGCUGCAGCUGGCUGUCCUCUGGCCUUGGCUGCUCAUGGCGACCCUGCAGGCAGGACUUGGCCAUACGGGGCUGGUGCUGGCGGCGGCGGUCGAGUCGGAGAGGGCGGCGGCGCAGAAAGCCAUCAUUAGGGUCAUCCCCCUCAAAGUGGAGCCCAUCAUAUUGGAAGGGGAGUUCGCCAACGUCGCCGAGGUGACGCCGGCCGAAGGGAAGCUGCUGCAGUCCCACCCACUGUCCCUGUGCAACACCAGUGAGGAUGAGCACACUGAGUCGGGCUUCAUCACCAUCGUCAAGCUGGAACAGCCAGACCGGGACCCCAACCCCUGCCUGUCACUGGCUAACAAGGCAAAGCUGGCUGGGGAGCGUGGAGCCCGUGCCAUCCUUUUUGACAUUACCGACGAUGAAAGUGCUGCUGACCAGCUGAGAAAGCCCAGAGGUUUGAGUCAGCCUGUGGUUCUGAUCCGGGGCCACGACGCUGAGCUGCUCAUGGGCGUCGUGAACAAGAACAGAGAGGCCCACGUGAAGAUAGAGGUCAAGGAGCCACCUGCUUGGCCAGACUAUGAUGUGUGGAUUCUCCUCACGGUGGUCAGCACUGUGGUCGUCAUCAUCUUGAUCUUUGUUGUCCGCACAAGGUGCCAACUGAACAGGACUCAGGACUCCCUGCAGCAGCAGACCCUGCAGGCCAUCGGGCAGCUGGCCACACGCAGGUACCAGGCAAGGUGCCGGCAGGUGUCACGGUGGGACUCAGCCAGCAGCUGCAGCUCUGCCCCUGUCUGUGCCAUCUGCCUGGAGGAGUUCAGCGACGGCCAGGAACUGAGGAUCAUCUCAUGCUCCCAUGAGUUUCACCGAGAUUGUGUUGACCCCUGGCUUCAGCAACACCACACAUGUCCACUCUGCAUGUUCAAUAUUCUUGCCAGAGACUCGGUGGACCAGGCCACGGCUGCUGAUUCCAGGCUGGCCCCUCGGGACAUGGAGCCUGGACGGCGACUCCACCUUUUCCGCCAGCACCCGGGCCAUGCCCUCUACCACCUCCCACACCCCUAUCCUCAGAGGAACCUCAGGAGCUUUGCCCCGGAGCCAGCCCACGGCAAUCCCUUCUUCCACUCUCCCGAGCUCUCCCAGCUGGAUUUUGGCACCAUCCACUACAUGCCCUACAGGCCAGCCCCCUCCCUGCUCGCCUGUGGCCACCCGUCCCCGCUGGCCCCGGGCUUGUUGGGCCAGCAGCAUCCCAGCCCCUCGGCGUGUGGGCAGACGUUGCCACCCCACAGGACUUGUUCUCUCCAGCCCCAGCCCCCCUGCCUGGGGCUGAAGGCAGCCCUGGCACAGAAGCAGCACCGUGGCCCCGCCCUGCGCCGGGGGGUCGGCCACGGGCACCAGCACAACAGCAGCGGCUCCGGGGAGAGCUACCUGACGGACCACAGCGGGUACCUGGCCGACGGGCCCGGCAGCGACUCCAGCUCGGGGCCCUGCCACGGCUCCUCCAGUGACUCCAUGCUGAACUGCACGGACGUCAGCCUGCAGGGCAUCCACGGCAGCUGCUCCACCUUCCGCAGCUCCCUCAGCAGCGACUACGACCCCUUCGUGUACUGCAGCUCCGAGGGGCCCACCGUGGACAACGGCCAGGAGCAGCCCCGGGCGCCCAGGGAGACGCGGCCCAAGUCCUUGGACCUCAUGAUGGUGCCUGGGGCUGCUGCUCCAGCCAAGCCCCAAGUGCUCAGCCACGUCCACUACCACCACCACCAGCACCAUCACUACAGAAGAGACGUGGAGUGUCCACCCGGGAGGGCUGGGCAGGGCCCCGGGCAGCGCAGGUCCCGGUACUCUGGGGCCAGGGUUGGCUUCCACGGCGCUCGGACACAGAAGAAGGCUGAGAAAAGCCACCAGUGUCAGCAUCCUCAGGAGAGCAGCCCUGUGCUGCAGGAGGCAGCUCCAGCAGGGCAGCCAGCCUGUGCCCCGCAAGGCCGGGAGCCCCUCCACGCCCCCUCUGCUUCUCCAAACAGGCUGGACUUUGGCGUAGAUGCCAGCAGACAGUUGGGAGCAGCUGGCACAUCCCCUGUCCCUCUGCCCCCAAGACACAGCUUACAGAGCCGUCACCACCGAAGGAAAAGAAAGUGUCCUCUGGAGCCUGACCCUGCUCCCCUGCCCGGGGACUCAGCCUCGCCUAAGGCCUGCGAUGCUCACCCUCCUCACGGGCAUGCUGCUGGCUGCCGCUGCUCUCCCGAAGCCCAGCCCCUGCUCCCGGGCGCUGCCCUGCCCUGCGCCUCGGGCUCUCGGCCGCUCUGGCAGUGCUUGGUGCCCCAGUCCGGCUCAGAGCUGAACAGCCUGGAGGGAUUGCCAGGCCGGGGGGCAAACCGCACGGCUCCUGCUGAUUUCUCAGGGACAGGCACCCCCAGACACAGUCUGAGUCUCCACCUUCACUGCCCAUCCCAGCAGGGAGGUCAGGGCUCUGAAGAGGAGGUGCAGGCUGUCCAUGAACACUCAGUUUAAGAAGACCCUGGCCUCUUUGCUUACAGGAGAGCUGGGGUGGACAAAGCUGGUCAGUGUCCCAGCCCCAGAGGAGCUCACAUCUGCACGGGCAAGGCGGAACAACCAACCCCGACCUGCACGGCUCAGCCCGAGGCGCAGACUGCAGAUCAGCACUGUGACACUUGUGGUCUCCUCACAAAGGCAGAGCUGUGUUCUCCAGGUCCUCUUCUCCUUGGGAGGCACAGGCAGCCCAUCUCCAUCCAGUGGCACCUGCGUGGGCUGGCUCGCUCAGGGCCCGGCCUCGGGAGUCGCCAGCCGGAGAGCUCGCGGAGUGAGUGCAAGCUGCUAUUUUGGCAUGGUCAUGCCACAGAAGGUUUUGCUAAACACUUCAGAAAUAAACAAACCUUCGAGACCAAAAGCUGCAGAAAUUACUUUCUGUGGCCUGGUAGCUCCUGACUUCAUUUCCUCACUUAGGUCAAAAGCCAGACUCCUUCAUUUAACUUUUCCACUCUUAUUUCAGACGCAGGAACAAGCUGUUCUCCAGCUCACCACUCACAGGUCUGCCCUGCAAGGUGCUCCUUCCAGGCUUCAUUGGAAACCAACAGCUGUCACCACUUUUGAUCACUUCCUUCUCCCUCAGCUGAUGCCAUCCCAGCCGUUUGCUGCAUUUUGCCAAGCAGCAGGAGAGGUGAAGACCCCAGGACACCGUCGGCAUCUCUGGGAAGGAGCUGGGUCAGACUCUUUCCAUUGCAAAGAAUCCACCCUCUCAUCUGGCAUUGUCUCUCAUCCUCUUAACUCCUCCACCUACCCUCAAAAUAGGUGUGAUGGUCAGCCCUGGGAAGAACAACUCCUUUGUUGAGUGUGUUUCAAACCUGAGAUGUUUCCCCUUCACAGGAGUCAUGGAAAAUCCUUGCGCUCCUGUGGCUCCUGCUUCUCUCCUUCCUCUUGUUGCCCCAAGACACAGCAAAAAUACCCAGCAAAAGCAUCCAUGAUAACUGCAGAGCAGAGACCCAUCCCUCACCCAGCCUGCUCUUCCUCUUUGUGAGACACCUGAAGUGAUUCUGCAAAGGAGCUGUUGAGAAUGUUCUGCCUUUUUCAGCAGCUUGAUGAUG